AUGGCGCAAUUGACCCCCAUUAGAGGUUUCGUUAACGUACCCGUAACCAAAUCGAUAUGCACGAUAUCUACUAUAUUUACUUUAGUCGUAUCUUUGUUUCAGUAUCACGAUUUCUUGAAACUCAUAGUGGCACCAUUCGUGAUUGAAUAUGGACAAUACUGGAGAAUUCUUACGUUUCAACUAAGUGUCGCCAAUGAGUCUGAAUAUGUACUUAUAACCUUUCUUUGGUUUUAUUACAAGACUAUCGAGCGGUUCUUCGGCUCGCGCAAGUAUUUAUCGUUGUUGUUAUUGUUUGCAUUGUACAACGCAGUAAUAUGCUUCUUAGUCAUCAGUUUGGGUCAACUUUUAGAAAAUAUUGUAAUACAUUCUGUAUUCAAGCCUCUAAAAGGAGAAGAUAAGUUCAUCUACAAAACAACAUUUUUAAAUGCUGUUUCAUCUGGGCCCUUGGGUAUAAUAUCAUCAUUAUAUAUUGCAUAUGGAACUUACGUCCCUACAUCUUAUUAUUGGACUAUUUUAUUGCGCAAGGAAAAACUGCCUCUUCAAAGAACAGAAUUGGGGUCUAGUAUUAAUAAAAAAGGAAGGAUUGCUAUUACUCUUUCGAAUCAUUUUUUUAUCUACAUAUUAUACACCCUCCUAUUGUUCAACAAUGGAAUUGAAUCAAUAAUUCCAUGCCUCGUUGGUUUAAUAAUAGGAAAGUUAUAUUCGCAUGAUUUAUUACCUGGUACGAGAAACUGGCUUCUCCCUUCAACAUUUUUUAAAGCUUUUGUUGCUCCUCGCAAAUUCGUAGCCCAACUUCCACAAAGGUUUAGGAGACAGCAUUCUGACGGAUUUGAGCCAAUAGAUCAUCGGCCAGAUACAAUUUUACAAACCACCGAUAACCAAAGUGAAACGGAUGACGAUCCGGAGGAUGUAGAUGAUGUUAGAAAUGAGGGAGCACAAAUAAGAGCUGAAACGCCAGUGCGACCCUUGGGGAGUCAAUUUUUGGAUACUUUUAGAACUUGA